AGGCGGUGGCCGCCGCUCGGGGACCACUGGCAGCGGCGGUAGCUCGCGCCCGCACCCUCCUCUCACCCGAGGCGGUCCCCCCAGAGACCGACCCCCGCCGCUCCGUGGCCCAGGCCCGAAUCCAGCGGGUGCCGCGUCUCCACCCGGGGCCUCCAGCACCUCCGACGAACCAUGUUCCAGGCUGCAGGAGCCGCCCAGGCCACCCCUUCUCAUGAAGCCAAGGGCAGCAGCAGCAGCAGCAAUGUGCAGCGCUCUAAGUCCUUCAGCCUGCGGGCUCAGGUGAAGGAGACCUGCGCAGCUUGCCAGAAGACUGUGUAUCCCAUGGAGAGGCUGGUGGCAGACAAGUUCAUUUUCCACAACUCUUGCUUCUGCUGCAAGCACUGCCACACCAAGCUCAGCCUGGGCAGCUACGCGGCGCUGCACGGCGAAUUUUACUGCAAACCCCACUUUCAGCAGCUGUUUAAGAGCAAAGGCAACUACGAUGAGGGGUUCGGUCGUAAACAGCACAAGGAGCUCUGGGCCCACAAGGAGGUGGACCCUAGCACCAAGACAGCCUGAGCGCCCUUUGACUGUCCACUCCCUCCAGAGGGCCUGGAGCCAGCCGGUGGGAAGGUGGUUGAUCUGGGCUUGGGAGGGUGGGGGCUGGAAAGGGAAGAUGCUCCCUUAGGCAGAAAGUUCCAGCUUGGGGCUCUGCUCCAGGAUUCCUUCCUUAUCCCUUAGUGGGUGGGGGCUUGGGAACCAGGAUUAGGGGUUGCCCACCACCCUCCUCCCUUCAGCUCACCCCACGGCCCCCUGGGAGGCCCUCAAGCCCAGCUUCCCUAUCUAGGUGCCUUUUCUCCAGCAAGGAGUCAGCAUGCCCUCCUCAGGGUCCCAAGCUCCCUCACUGCCACCUGGGCCUUGUCCUGGCCCCAUGUCUCCCCAUCUACCUCUGCCCUUAGCCUUGUUCUGAGCCACAGAGACUAGAAGAGGGAGAGUGCCACCUGCUGGGCCUCAUGGAUGCCACCAUGCUGGUGGGGAGGGAUGGGGAAGUGGUACGAUAGGGCCUGCAGCCUUUGGCUACAGAACCUCAGCUGUCCAGGCCCCCAGCAGCCAUGUUCCUCUCCAUUGUUUCUGCCGUUCUGUUGUGAUCAGCCUUGUUUUAAACAUGUUUAAAUAGAUCCUGAA